GAAUAUUAAUUUUGAUGAUAUAGAAGAUGAAUUGGAAGAGGGAGAGACUGGAAUCAUGGAAACCAGUUGGGCUAUUGUAGUUCAGCUUAAUUGUGUGAUAAUGGAGGAAUAUGAGAAGUUUUGCAAGAAAAACCUUGUCAGAAUCCAAGGAGAGUCACUAUCUCAAGAAACUUUUCCAUCAGGUCAACCUGAGAACAUUUCACUUAUUCGUUUCCAUGGAGUUGCUGUGCUUUCUCCAUUGCUCACUGUUGAGAGGAGAAAAGAAAUGCAGCAAGAGAAGCAGAAAGCACUUGAUAUAGAAGCACGAAAACAGAGUAGCAGGAAGAAAGCCUUACUGAAUCGUGUCCAGGAGAUCCUGGAAAAUGUUCAGGUCAGAAAAGCACCAAAUAUAAGUGAUUUUGAUCAGUGGGAACCUGAGGCAAUUUACCUUAAUUCAGAAGUCAGAGAUUUGGAUGUUCCCACUAUACUUCCAAAGGAUAGUUUGCCAAGUCUUACUGAACAGUCUGCCUCAGUGAAGGUUGAAGAGACUAUUGAAAUCUUGCCUCCCGAUACCAUUGCCCACGUAAAACUGAAUGGGACAAAUUCAGAUAAAGGUAUAGGAGCAUGCGUUUCCAUCAAACAAAGUGACAGCCCUAAUCCUAACCUGUUGGGAAAUGAAACUUCUCCAGAGAUAUCUUCAGGUGCUUCACAGGAGACUCUGAUUGUAGAUGAUAUCCCUAGAAGAGAAGGAGAAUUGGAGCUGUCUCUGGUUGAGGAAGCCACCUCAGAUCCUUACAUGAUGAGCCUUCAGAAUCUUAUGAAAAAGUCAAAGGAAUACAUAGAACGAGAACAGACUCGACGCAGCAUGAGAAACAACUCAAAGAAGAGCGUCACCGAGAGCCGCUCGGACAAAGAGAAUGAUGCUGUUAAGACGAGUGACUCUGGGAAAGAGAAUUCAAGGUCUAUAAGCAAAAGUUGUAGUUCAGUUUCACUUGAUAAACCGAGCCUUAAUAAAUCAAACAUUCUUCUCCAAAGUGCUACCACCCAGAUGAGCAGCGUGAGUGCAUUAGCUUUAGCCAGCUUCUCCAAAGUGGAUAUACCCACUCGAAUGGGUACACCAGCUCUUCUGGAUUCGGAUGAAGAUGAAGGUUUUAAAGUCACUUCCACUUUUGAUCCUGAAAGUAGUGUUGUCAAAAGUUUUACAGGUUCUUAUGCCAAGUUACCUAGUCCAGAGCCAAGUGUGAGUCCUAAAAUGCAUCGAAGACGGCCUAAGUCUUCAUCAACAGGUCAUAUACUUAUAAAUAACCCAAUAAAUGCCUAUGAAUUGAGUCCCAAAGAAAAAGGAAGGGCCAUGGAUUUGAUCAUACAAGAUGUCAAUGAAAAAACAAGUAUACCUGAGUCUGUGCCAAAAUUUCCUAUUGAUUUAACUGAAGUUUGUUCUAGCAAAGCUCAUAUUGUCAGCAAAAAUGCUUCUGAAACUGGAGAUGAAGAAUCAGUCUUAGGUAAAUCAAAUGAAAUAUGUCAACAUUCAGUCAGCCAGUUAGAAAACAAAGUCAUUCAUGUAAUUGCUACGAUGGAGGGUCAAAUAGCAUCUGAUGGGAGAGAGCCAUACAAAACAGACAGUAAUUGUACUAUAGUUCCAAAAUUGCAUGAACCAUAUGCAACUAGUCAGUGCAUAGUAAGUCAAAAGUGUGGAAUAAUGAAUGUAAUCAAGCCAACUAGUGUGUUAGAAAAAAACUGUAAUUCCCAAGUGGAACUGAAUAAAUCUUAUGAUGUACAAAACCCAUCUCCACUACUGAUGCAAUGCCAGAAUAAAAGACAGCAGAUGGAUACACCAAAUGGGUCCUGUGGAAAUGAACAGUUUGUGGAAAACAGUUUUGAGAAGGUUAAGCGGAAACUGGAUUUGGAUGCCGAUGGCUUGCAAAAAGAAAAUAGCCCUUAUAUCUUAACAACUGAAACAGCUGAGCAGGAGAGACGAUGGAUACAGGAAAAAAGAUUUCCUAAGGGAUCUGUCUACAUUAACAAGAAUGAGAUGUUAGAAAUUAGUUCCAGAGAAGGAGAAGAGAAGCUAAAAAAUAAGAUGUUGGCUUUUGAAGAAAUGAGAAAGAGACUGGAAGAACAGCAUGCUCAGCAGUUAUCAAUACUUAUAGCUGAACAGGAGAAAGAGCAAGAGAAAUUACAAAAGGAAAUCAAAGAACAGGAGAGAAUGUUAAAAGAGAAGAAGGAAAUUACAGCAGAAACACUUGAAGUGAACCUUAACAAUGCAGUGGAAUUAGAAUGGAGAAAAAUAAGUGAUGGUGGCUUGUUAGAAACAAUGCUAUCACAAGUGGACACUCUCCAUAUUGGAAAUUCAAAUACUUCUGGUUUGACAAAUUCUACCCUACAACAUAGCUUUGGUUCUACAAGUGAAGUACCAUUCUACCUCUGGGGAUCGUCAACUAGUGGUUUGCCCAAAAUCCCAGUAACAAGGCCUCCUGUAAGGGGCAAACCCAGAUGGUCUCAGGUUUUUAGUCUAGAAGUACAAGCAAAAUUUGACAAAAUAAUUGCAGUGGCAAAAGGAUUUCUUACUCGUAGGCUCCUGCAGACAGAAAAAGUGAAACAUCUCCGGCAAACAGUAAAAGAUACUAUGGAGUUCAUAAGAAGUUUUCAGUCAGAAGCUCCAUUAAAAAGGGGAUCUGUUUCAGCACAAGAUGCUUCUCUCCAAGAAAGAGUGUUAGCUCAGCUUCGAGCUGCCUUAUUUGAUAUUCAUGACAUAUUUUUCGUAAUGGAUGCAGCAGAAAGAAUGUCCAUUUUACAUCAUGAUCGAGAAGUGCGUAAAGAAAAAAUGCUUAGACAAAUGGAUAAAAUGAAGAACCCACGAGCAUCUCUUUCAGCUGCAACACAGAAAUCUCUGGAUAGGAAGAAGUACAUGAAGGCUGCUGAAAUGGGAAUGCCAAAUAAGAAAAUUCUCAUCAGACAAAAGCCUUCUGAAACAAGAGUACUUCAGCCAAGUCAAGGACAAAAUGCCCCUAUUCAUAAGCCAUUCUGUAGACAAGGAACCCCUAAGACAUCAGUGAAGGGGGUUGAGCAAAAUAGAGAGAAGUCCUCAGACAACAGAAUGCGUAACAGAGUGCGUGUUUCAGGAGCAUAUGCAGGAAAAACCCAAAGAAAGCAGCCAAAUGUUGCGACAAUUUAAGAAGACAACAUUCACUUGGAUAAAACAAUGUGGUCGUGCUCAUCUAUUUUUUUCUGCCCAAGAAAGUAAAGUGGAAUGUUGAGAAUUAUUCAGUAAUGUAGAGAAAUCCUACUCUAAAUCCAUUUUUUCAGUAAUAAUAGGUUUAGGUGGGGAAAGAAUACUGAAAAAAAUACUUCAAGUCUGUGUUUUACCUAUGUAGUCAAAAUUUUGAUAUUUAUGUGUCUAGGCUUGCAAAAGAUGUGUAUUUUCCAGAUUUUAAGGAUAUCUGAACUGUUUUUGUGAAAGAAGAUUGAAAAGAUGUGGUAAAAUUUUCAUCAGUUGAGAAAACACAUUUUACUUCUAAGAAACUUGUCUAUGCUAUUGUAUUUGGUAAACAAAUUUCAUGAUACCUUGUUCCAAAGGAGAACAAUGUAGAAGCAUAUUUUGUUGUUUUUUUUAAUUUUUAAAAACGAUUUUCAUUAGACUCUUAAUGGAGUUGAGUCCCAAUUUGUAAAUUUUACCAUGGACUAACAGGUACUUAUGUAAACUGGAACUCUGGUUUAGGGAGCAUAAAUUGGAUGAAAAUUAACAUAGAAUAAAAAUUUGGAAUAUUGUUUUUGGUCA